AUGUGCAGCAGCAGCAGCAUUCAGUGUGAAAAAUUUACAUACAAACCAUAUAUAGAACGUAUUAAAUAUUUAGUAAGAUUGCCAGACCAUAAAAAGUUAUGUGAGCUCGCACUUAUUGGUACUCAUUCAUCGCUAUCCUACAGUGUUGAAGAAAUAGAACAUCAAACCCAAGAUUUGAAUUUUGCCCAGCAAUUGAAAUAUGGAAUCCGUGUUUUUGAUAUUAAUGUGCGUUUAGAAUCAUAUUUAAUUGAAACUUACAGUUAUAGCUCUAAGACUAACUUUGGAUUUCAUGAUAUGCUACAAGAAGCUGAUGAAUUUCUUGAUGACAAUCCAGGUGAAUUUAUAAUUUUAUUGAUGCGUCAAGUUUAUUUUCCUGCAACUAUCGUAACCAGAAUUAAUUGUAAAACUAUCAAUUUUUAUAUCCGCCAUGUCUUCGGUGGGCAACGCAUCAUCCCGAAAUGGCGACUUGAGGACACUAUUGGACAGUAUCGUGGAAAAAUAUUAUUAGCAGGUUGGGAUGAUACAUUUGAUGGAUGUAUUUUUGAUAUUCGCACGAACUGUGAGCGUCAAAUUGGCAUUAAAUGGAAAACUACACGUAGUGAUUAUGUUAUUGAAGAUAAAUGGAAUGAUAUUCUUAACUUAAUGAUUAAAAGUCAUUUUGAUAACUAUAAAUGUUUUAUCAAUGAAAUUAAUUUUGAUGCUGGUUCAUUUCAUCAUCGUGCUAUUGCUAGAGAUGGUGGUCAUUAUCAUGGUAAAAUAUGUGUCACUUCACCAAUGAAUAAAUUAAUGGAAAACUCUUUUCAAAAUCCACAUCGUGCUUUGAUUAUUAUCAUGGCCGACUUUCCAACACAGGGACUAAUGGAUAAAAUUAACGACAGCAAUUUUCCUAAUUCAUCAUGGCGUAUUGGUUGGGAAUGA